GUUCUGACCAGCUGUCCAAGCCGCAACUUCACUACCACAGCACAUUUGGGGGAAUACACCCGUACUUGUUCUGACGACCCGGGGUAUUUAUCCGUGGUACCUUUUUCUUUUUCUUAACUUGAACUUCACCCUGAUCCUACUGAGCCCCUGUUCGCUCGUUUGCUCUCAUGGCCUCUCGAUAAUCAUCACAUCUCCAUCCCGAACCGCUGGCCUUAUAUAGCGCCCUCCCUAUCUCUUUAGCUCCUUCAAACACUGGCGGUUACCUGGCCUCUUGUGCGUAUGCCAUAGACACGCCCGCCACCAAUGGCCGAUACCUGCGCCGCCGAGAGCGUUAAUACUUGCUUGCCUCCUGUCGGCUCCCCCUUCAUGAAGAGCGCACUUCUCUCACAUGUCGUCCUCCCAGCCUUAUGCCUGACGCCGUUGGCAACUCUCGUAUUAUUUCCCCUGCUCUGGCGAGCCCUGGGCUCUUUUCUCGGGUGGUAUCUGCAAGGUGGACGCCCAUGCUCUCGGGACGGCCCAAAACGCGGCGGCGGCGGAGAGAGGGUCCUCUGGGCCGCCAUCCGGGCCACGCAGCAGCGCUGGCCAAAAGCCAAGUGCGUCGUCUACACCGGCGACCACGAUGUCUCCAAGGACGCCAUGCUCGCCCGAGUGAAGAACCGUUUCAACAUCCACCUCCACCCGCCCACCAUCAACUUCCUUUACCUCACUACUCGCCAUUGGGUGCUCGCCUCGACCUGGCCGCACUUCACCCUGGCCGGCCAAUCAUUCGGCUCGCUCAUCCUCGCCUGGGAUGCCUUCUCGCUCCUCGUGCCGGACAUCUUCGUCGACACGAUGGGCUACGCCUUCGCGCUGGGCCUGUCCAAGUUCCUGUUCCGCGACGUGCCCACGGGCGCGUACGUGCACUACCCGACCAUCUCCACGGACAUGCUGGACUCCCUCGACCCGGCCUCGGCCGUCGGAUCGCAGGGCGUCAACGCCAGCCAGGGCGUCGGCGUGCGCGGCGGCGUCAAGAAGCUCUACUGGCGGCUGUUCGCGCGCGCCUACUCGCGCGCCGGCGCGUCCGCCGACGUGGUCAUGACCAACUCGAGCUGGACGCAGGCGCACAUCCAGAAGCUGUGGGGGCCGCUGCGGCAGCGCUCCCCGAACAACAGCCGCCUCCACCCCAUCGCCGUGGUCUACCCGCCCGUCGCCGUCCGCGAGCUGGAGCACGAGGUCGAGGUGUCGCCGGCCAGCGAAGCGCGCCGCGAGAAAGUGCUGCUCUACAUCGCGCAGUUCCGCCCGGAGAAGAACCACGCGCUGAUCCUGCAGGCGUUUGCGCACUUUCUCAAACAGCAAAACAACAACACCACCACCGCUACCGGCAGCGACAACAGCAACAGCAGCAACAACAACAACAACAACAACAACGGCGGCGGCCCGCGCCUGGUGCUGGUCGGCAGCGUGCGCGACGACAGCGACUCGAAGCGGGUGUACCAGCUGCGGCUGCUGGCCAACGAGCUGGGCGUGCGCGGCCGGGUCGAGUUCCACCUGGACGCGUCGUGGCCCGAGAUCCUGGACUGGCUGCGGCGCGCGUCGGUCGGCGUCAACGGCAUGUGGAACGAGCACUUCGGCAUCGGCGUCGUCGAGUACCAGGCCGCCGGGCUGGUCGCCGUCGUGCACGACAGCGGCGGGCCCAGGAUGGAUAUCGUUGUUGACGUCGAGGGCGGGGCGACUGGUUGGUUUCUUCCCCCCCUUUUUUCCCCUUGUUUUUGAGCGCGGCGUGUGUGAGUGCUAAUCAUGCUUUGUCUGAUAGGGUUCCACGCGACAACGGCGGCUGAGUUUGCGCAGGCCUUCGACAAGGCCCUGAACUUGCCGGAUCCGUACGCGGUGCGCCGGCGGGCGCGGCAGUCGGCGAAGCGGUUCACCGAGGAGGAGUUUGCCCGGCGGUGGAUCGAGCAGAUGGAGAAGCUGGUGGCGG